GUUUAAUAUUAGACACAGUAGCACAACCUCAUACUUUUACACCCGGAAAAAACUGUAUUUACUCCAAUUUUGGCAACCGUAACAGCUGAUUCAUAAACAUUUUUGAUAAGUGCUGCAGUGAUAACAAAAUAUAAUUGCUCUCAGCCAAAGCCGAAGUGCGCUGAAAUAAUCCCUCAUUUUCAGUCGUUGCUUAUUCAAGCACUUGAAAGGAUUUACGAACAGUUGAGCUCCCGUGUUUUUGUUUUGCUAUUUCGCCAGUGAUGGAUUUCGGGGACAACAGUAAUCGCUUCAUAAUCAGCGGGGGGCCGGAACCGCAGAACAUCACCGAAGGAUGUGGUUCUUUGGGAGCAUUUCUAAGGAAUCGAAUGCGGAUCAACGGGAAUGACGUAGCAAUUAUCGAUGGAAUUUAUGGAACCGAACUUCGCUACCUGGAACUACUGGAGCAGGCCGUUCGAUUAGGCGAAUGUUUGCGAGUAUUGGCAGGGGUAAAGGUCGGAGAUGUCAUUGGGAUUGUCAGUGAGAACCGGCUCGAGUUUCCACCUGUUCUGUUUGCUUCUAUCUUUCUGGGAGCAACGGUGGCGCCUAUCAAUCUCACCUACACUGAACGUGAACUGGAGCACGCGUUCAAUUUGUCUAAGCCGAAAAUAAUUUUCGUGUCUUCCUUCUCCGCUGACCGGGUUGUUGCCGCCGUCAGAAAAAACCGGCACAUAGUACAAAGAGUUAUUCUAUUUGGCGACGAAAAUCCGUUCGGAUCCGACGUAGAACUGUACGACGACUUUCAAGCUCCUGUUUCAUUCGUCAACCCACUGAGCUUCUACAUUCCACCGGUGAACAUUGAUGAACAUGUAGCACUUAUCAUGUGUUCCUCGGGAACGACCGGGCUACCCAAAGGAGUACAAUUAACCCACGCUAAUUUGAUGUCUAGUAUUGCACUGUUAAAAGAGUCGUCCAAGCUGGUGGAACCCCCUCCUAGCGGAAUGGUUUUGUUAGGUGUUUUACCCUGGUUUCAUGCGUACGGUUGCUUGACUUUAAUCAACGUGAUUUGCAACAAGCAGAAGCUGGUUUCUCUACCAAAGUUCGAGGAAGGUCUCUUUCUAAGCUGCAUAGAAAAUUACCGUUGCACGAUGGUCUUCGUAGUUCCACCGUUGGUUCUAUUUUUGGCCAAACACCCACUUGUGGACAGCUACGAUCUGUCUAGUGUCAAUACACUGCUAUGUGGAGCGGCUCCUUUGAGCAAGGAAACCGAAGAUCUGGUGAAACAACGACUGAACAUUCAAUACGUUCGGCAGGGUUAUGGUAUGAGCGAAACUACGCUUGCUACAUUGGUUCAAAGUGGAGAAAAUCACAAAUCUGGUAGCGUGGGAAAAGUUCAAGUAGGCACACUAGCCAAGGUAAUUGAUACGGAGACGGGAAAAGCUUUGGGACCUAACCAGCACGGAGAGCUUUGCUUUAAAGGAUCACAAAUCAUGAAGGGCUAUAUCGGGAACGAUAAAGCAACUCAAGACACGAUUGACAAGGACGGCUGGCUGCACACCGGCGAUGUUGGAUACUAUGACGAGGAUCUGGAGUUCUAUGUUGUAGAUCGUUUGAAGGAACUGAUUAAGUACAAAGCUUUCCAGGUACCACCCGCCGAAAUAGAAGCAAUCUUGUUGACUAAUCCGAAGGUGAAAGAUGCAGCUGUGAUUGGUCUGCCAGACGAAGAAGCUGGUGAGCUUCCACUCGCUUUUGUCGUUAAACAGGAUGAUGUUUCAGUCAGUGAAGAAGAAUUAAAAAAAUACGUUGCGGAUAGAACCUCACCGGCUAAGAGACUGCAUGGAGGUGUUCGAUUCAUAGAGGAAAUUCCGAAAAAUUUGAGUGGUAAAAUUCUAAGGAAAGACCUUAGGGCGCUGCUUCAGAAACCUAAAUCUAAACUGUAAAUAAUUGCCAAUUUGUUAUGGGAUUCCGGAACUGGUAUCUUUUUAAUGGUGUCAAUAAAUGUAGGUGUUUUAGAACGGUUAAUUGUACUAGAACCUU